CUUCAUACCGCUUUAUAUAAGGGCUACCAUGUAUCAAACUCAUCGUCUCUCUCGGCGUGGACCAAUAUCGGUUAUUCGAAGACAUACAUAUCUUAGAUACAUCUCUUAACAUCAUCAGCCCCGUACCGAACCAGCAUGGAGAACGGGCAGCACGUCGACGAUAGCAUCUGGUUCUAUGCCCCAGACAAGGGAGCACCGAUAUUUUUCGCGGUCGCCUUUACUGCUAGUGGCAGCGUUCAUUUCUGGCAGGCCAUGAAUUAUAAGAGUUGGAGACUCACAGGCCUUUACUUCCUCUGUUCGCUCCUGUUUGUGGCUGGCUUCAUUGCUAGAAUACUCGGGGCAUUCGAUUAUACGAAGCUCAUCUACUACGUCGUCAGCUCCUGUCUCAUCUAUGCCGCUCCCCCCUUAUAUGAGCUUUGCAAUUACUACGUUCUCGGCCGCGUACUGUACUUUGUCCCAUAUCAUUCCCCGAUUCACCCGGGGCGUGUAUUGACGACUUUCGCCGCCAUUUCCACAGUUAUCGAGACGCUGAGUGGCAUAGGGGCAGCCUAUCAAUCCAUUCGAACUUUGCCAGUGGAUUUACAGCAAACGGGUCAGACACUGCUGAAGGUCGCUUUGAUAAUGCAACUCGUCGUCGUCUGCCUCUUUCUCGCGUUGGCCGUAACUUUCCACAUGAGAUGCCUGCGAAAUGGCAUCAAUCAUGUCAAGAUCAACCAAGCGCUCCUGACUCUCUACAUCAGCAGCGCGAUCAUCAUGAUCAGGUGCAUUUACCGAACAGUCGAGUUCUUCGACAUCAGCAGCGUGAGCUUUUCGUCGCCCGAGGUCGAUCUAUCGACGCUGAGCCCCAUCAUCCGCUAUGAGUGGUUCUUCUACGUGUUCGAGGCGCUGCUCAUGCUUUGCAAUAGCAUUCUGCUGAACAUUCGCCAUCCACGUCGGUGGCUCCCCAAGUCCACGAAAGUCUAUCUCGCUAGAGACGGUAUUACGGAGAUCAGCGGGCCGGGGUAUAAGCAAGAGAGAAACUUCCUCACCACGCUUUUCGACCCGUUCGACGUGUACGGUAUGAUCAAGGGCAAAGAUCAAAAGACGCGCUUUUGGGAUGAUAACGAUGCCAGGAAACCCUAAGUCAACGCAGUGUUGAGCUGGGGCAUCGAUGCAGGUUAGGAAGGCCUUUUAACAACGACAGGAGUUGGAAUUGGGAGAUACUUGAGUAGUUACUGCAGGUCGUCUACCUACAUUGAUGGAUAGGCUAGUAAGGUGCGUGGGGCACGACCGAAGCGCGACUCAUGUCCACUAUGACGAAGAGUAGGCAAGAUAAUCGCUGAAAGAGUCUUUCAAACCUGCGAAUUUUCCUUUUCGAAUUGUACUCGUCGUAUGGUCGUGUUCUUAACUGGAGGAUUUGCUUACUUCUAUUGCUUUACACAGGCGGAUAUUUGUUAUUUUGCGAUGUAAUGGGGCUCGGCGCAAGGGGACUUGUUACAAUAUUUCGAUCUAGGAUUAGCAUAUCUAACCUAUUGGCGUUGGCCGUUUUAUCAAAUAAAGGUAGAGAUAGGAAAGUUCAUUCUCAUAUAGAACUAGAUAGCUGCUUUACACACACACACAUACACACACACACGCGCAAAACCCAACCUUUCGUAUAACAUUGCAAGGC